AUGGAUGAUUCCUACAAUGACGCUAAUCGUGCGUUCCUUCAAGCCCUGAUGGCUCGUGGCUCGUUGUCACUCAUUGAGGGUAGGAAGAUAUUGGCCGCUAUCUGUAGCGUCCGUGAACAGAGAGAGGUGACAUUUGACGAUAUAUCAGACGAAUGUUUUGAUAAAUAUAUCCGUGUAGCAGCCGAUGCUGUAUCCCGCUUUGAUUAUGAGAUCCGAAGUACUCAACACCAAAUCACCAAACAGAAGAUUUAUGCGUUUGUGAAUAGCAUCAGCGACUCGCUCACUCAAAUAGCCACGGCUAGAUCGCCCGAUGAAAUCCUCUAUAUAAAGCGACUCAUGGAUGCCAUAUUUAUCAUGAAUAAUACCCGCGCGAAGGAGGUCAUGGCUAUCAAAGGUAUGCAGGCACUAGGGACUGAGAUUCGAAAGGGCUCUUUGGAAAAGGGUCUCACACAUAGCGAGGCAGAAAAACUUCUAAAGAUAUUAGAAAAUGAAGAAUGGUUAGAGAGGUCUACAGAUGGCUUCUAUAGCCUUGCACCUCGUGCUCUGAUGGAGUUGAGAAGUUGGUUGGUCGAUACAUAUAACGAGCCUGAAGAUGCAUCUUCUUGGCAAAGGAUCAAGUUCUGCAAAGCUUGUAAAGAAAUCGUGACUGUAGGUCAGAGAUGCGCAGAUUUAUACUGCAAUGUUAGGCUACACAAUAUUUGCGAGACUGCGUACUGGAAAUCCCGAUCUAGCCGAAACUGCCCAAAAUGUAAGCUGGCUUGGAAUGAACAGAACUUUGUAGGUAUUCGAGCAAUUACUCAUACGGAAAAAAAUGCAAGACAAAAGGGUACAGGAAGAGGUACGAAGAGAGUGAGAGAUAACGAGGAUGAAAUCAUAGAGGAAGAUCAAAGUGAUUUUCGACCAAGACAGCGAAAGAUAAAGCCCGAAAGUCAUCAGAGUGGUCUUGGAAGUGUCAACGAAGAGGCUGCAGAGGAUGAGACUUCAGCCCACGAUGAGCCUGAACACGAUGAAGAUGAAUCCGGAGAUAAUUUGGAUACAGAAAUUGACGAAGAUAUAAACAGAUCGCCUUGA